AUGAGGUUCUCUCUGGUCCUUCUUGCUCUCCUCCCCGUCCUCGCCUCCCAGGUCGAGGCUGCCCCGUCAAGUUCCAGCGGGAGCGUCUGGGCACGGCAGCGCGGCGGCAACCGCGCCGGCGCAGGCGGCUUUGGCUUCAAUGGCGGUAAGGGUGCCCAAGCCGCCGGUGGCAAGGGCAAGGGCGCUGCUGCUGCUGGCGCUGCUGGUGCCGCCGCGGGUGCGGCUGCCGGUGCUGCUGGUGCUGCUGCAAACAACGCCGGCAACGCCACCGCUGCUGCCGGUGCUGACAACAGCACGGCUACAGCCACUGCUACUCCCCCCGCCGGCGACAUCCAAUCGUCCCUCACGCUUGACCCGUCGGUGAUCGCCACCGGCUUCGCCAACGACGGUCAGGAUGUCCCCGCCGCCGGCCAGGUCGCGUCCCUCACGUCCACGAACAACUUCAUCAACUUCUGCGCCGGCCAGACCAUCACCAACGGAAAGCAGAUCACCACCGGCUCCUGCAACCCCGCGCCCAUGGGCCAGAUCGCCGCGAACACGGUGAUGCCCUCUAGCAAGUUCGUGUUCCCGCCCAACGGCGACACGUCGCUCAAGGCGAACCAGGCCUUCACCGUCCAGCUCGCGAUCAACAACCUCGAGACCGGCCACUUCGUGAACGCGCAGGAGAACUACUUUGCCGCGCCCCAGCAGGUGAACGCGCAGGGCAUCAUCCAGGGCCACUCGCACGUCGUCAUCGAGCAGCUCGACUCGCUCGCGCAGACCACCCCCACCGACCCGACCAAGUUCGCGUUCUUCAAGGGCUUGAACGACGCUGCCGUCAACGGCGUCCUUUCCGCCGACGUCACCGACGGUCUCCCAGCCGGCGUGUACAAGAUCUCCACCAUCAACUCGGCAUCGAACCACCAGCCUGCACUCGUCGCCGUCGCUCAACACGGUUCGCUCGACGACGCCGUUUACUUCACCGUCAACUAA